AUGGGUGGUUUAAUGUUUUUGUUGGUGUUGUCUUUGAGUAGUGUUGUUAUUAUCCAAACAAGUGAGGGUCAGAUAUGUUUACCCAAGAAACAUGCAUCCUUAUUUGUAUUUGGAGAUUCAUUAUUUGAUAUUGGAAACAACAAUUAUAUCAAUACAACAACUCCUUUUCAGGCAAAUUAUCCUCCCUAUGGAAUAACCCUCUUCAAGUAUCCAAGUGGAAGAUUUUCUGAUGGACGUAUGAUUCCAGAUGUCAUUGCUGAGCUUGCAAAGUUGCCACUGGUUCCACCAUAUCUUCAUCCUGGAAACCCUGAUUUCACCUAUGGAGUCAAUUUUGCCUCUGGAGGCUCUGGUGCUCUGCUUCAAACUGCUCAAGGAUCUGUGAUAGACCUUCACACUCAGGUGAAAUAUUUCAAAAAUGUAAAGAAAAUAUUAAGGGAGAAAAUAGGAAAUGAAGAAGUAGAGGCACUGCUCAAAAGAUCUGUGUACUUUCUCAAUGUUGGAAGCAAUGAUUAUGGUGGCCUUUUGAAUGUUGCAAACUCCACCGUGAGCCUAUUGCCGGUUGAUAAACAACAAUUUGUUGGUUUUGUCAUUGGAAACCUUACAAAUGCCAUUAGAGAAAUUUAUGAGCAAGGUGGAAGAAAGUUUGGUUUUUUAAAUGUGGGUCCUAUAGGGUGUUCUCCAAGCAUAAGGGCUCAGAACAAUGGAAGCAAAUGCUUUGAUGAGAUUUCAGCAGUUGCAAGGUUACAUAAUAUUGAACUCUCAAAGAUGAUUGUGAAGCUUAAGAAACAGCUCAAUGGAUUCAAAUAUUCAGUCCAUGAUUUCUAUGCUUCACUUUCUCCAGUUAUCAAAGAUCCUUCAAAAUAUGGUUUCAAAGGAGGAAGUGGGGGAUGUUGUGGAAGUGGACCAUUAAGAGGAUUUGAUGCGUGUGGUGGGAACAAAGGGAUCAAAGAAUAUGAAUUAUGUGACAAUCCAAAUGAUUAUAUCUUCUUUGAUGCUCGUCACUUUACGGAUAAAGCUAGCCAGUACUUUGCUCACCUCAUUUGGGAUGCCAACUACACUCUCAAUAAGCCUUAUAAUCUCAACACACUCUUUCAACUCUCAUCUCAAUAAUAAUAAUCUUCAAGAGA